AUGGAAAGAGCGGGCAGCAGCGCCUGGCAUGAAAUGGGCGUCAAGUGGAGGGGCAGAGUUGAAAGCGGGGCCGCUGAGCGGCAAAAGGAGGCAAAAGCCUACGGCACCCGGAAUUUUCUUUACUUCCUAGAACGAGAAGAGAUUCCUUCUUUUCCUGCUAGUGUCACUUCUGUCAACCAAGAAAAGCAGACCUGUCAUGAUGGUGUCGAUUCCAGUCCCUCUCCUGUCUCUGUGGGCUCCCAGAAAUCAAUGGAGAACUUUGUGGGCUCCAGAUUCAGCAUCAGCCGGCGACGGGGUCAAGGCCUGGCACUGCGUCCCCAGUGUCUGACCCCUGAAAGCGAACUCUCCUCUUGUGACAGUGCCAUUCAGGACUAUCUCCCACUGGUGCGGCUGCAGCAGGCCCCCGGCAUGUUCCAGCUGACCGACUGUUUCUCGGAGGUCGUUCAGAUCCCACUGGACCGCUUGCGCCGGGCCUCUCCCUACGCCUCCCACCGUGCCAGCCUCAGCCCUGCCUCCAGCACCUCCCCUUGGGCACUCAUAGCCAAGGCCAGCCCAAGGCUAACAGCAAACCAGGUUUCCCCGGAUGGCGGUGAAGUAGUUGGAAUGAGCAAGGAGGGAGCGGUGGAGCCAGGAUCGCCACACUCACACAGCACCUGCUCAGAUGUGCUGAGCGCUGCCGUGUGGGCACAGGCAGACAGCGGGCGUGGCUCCGAGACCGACGCCUGCGACCAUUCGCCGGAUGCCUCUGAAGUGAGCAUCAGCCUGCAGGAGAUGUGCCCAGAUGCAGAGGAAGGGGACCUGGAGAGCAUGAGCUGGGCCACAGCUGUGGCUUUGGCCUGGCUGGAGCACCGCUGUGCCGGGUUCUUUGUGGAGUGGGAGUUGCUGGCAGCCAAGGCCGAUUCCUGGCUGCGGGCACAGCAGCUGCCAGAAGGUGUGGAUGUCGCCGCUCUCAAAGGGGCAGCACGUCAACUCUUCCUACUGCUCCGCCACUGGGAUGAGAAUAUCAAGCUGAACAUGCUGUGUUACAACCCAAACAACGUGUGAAGGAGUAGUGAGCAGGCCAGGCCGUUGGUUGCGGGUGCCAAUAAAGAGAUGCGAUCAGA